GAGCAAGUGGGACAACAUAUGCUGGAUAAUUGCAGUCUGUCUUCGUUGGUAUCUGUGAGUUAAUCACGCGACAUUUCUCAAUUGAGGGUGAUGUGACUUUUUGUUACUGUGACGGAUUUAGCUGCCACGGUCAAACUUGAACUAAUGGCAGUCUGACAAAGCGUGAUGCAUCCAGCGCUUUAAUGUAAAAUCAUUAGUACUCACCUGCGAUUAGCUACAGGAUAAAGAUGUACCUUGUAUGUAUGUAUCGCUAGAAAAGAAACGGGAUAUUAUUGUUUCUAAACGACAUGAAGAACUGCGUGAAACUGCUGCGCUGAGCGUCAACACGUGCAACUGAUACUUGAAAUUUAUCGAAACCUCUUUAAAUGGGAGUGGAAAGGAAAAAAACAUACAAGGAGUUGUUAAGAUUUUUUACAGGCGACUGCGGCGUUUAAGGGGUUGCACUGACAUUUUACGUUAGGCCUACUGCGUUUAAUCUAAAGCAAGAACGCAUUUAAACAUUAAUGUGUUCAACAUAUUCAGUUGCUUUGAAAGUGGAUGGACAAACAUUUUACAUUAAAAAAAAAGAGAUUUUGCGAUUGCAUCAUUCACAGUAGUUGCAAUAACUCAGAUUUCUCAAGAAUUUAUUUCUUUUUUGAAAGUAAUCAUGAGCAGUUUUCAUCUUCAUUAAAGAAGCAGAUGGGUAUUAUUUCCGUCUGCUUUAUGUGAAUGAAACUCGACUUCAAAUGAAUUCUGUUCAGUUCGUAAAAGAUGAAACUUUCGUCAGAAAUGGAGCAGACGAUACCGUUCAAAGUCCGCAGACAACAAAAACAGACGUUAACCGUCAUAAUCGACAGACGGCAGACACAGACGACAACUCUGUGAAGAAAACCAGCCAAGGAUCUGGAAUUGCUGAAGUUGUCAACGCAAUGGCUGAUAGUUGUUGCUCGCAAAAAGCACUUGACAUGAGUAACAAAUCCGCGCAUACAGACGAGGUAGACGCAUUUAGCGUUCUCUACGAGAAGAUCAUGGACGAAUUGGAAACUACAGAUGACGGUGAAUACGGUACAUUUUCAAGGAAGCGGAAGCCACGUCACCAAGCAUGUUCACGUGACCACAUUCAGAGCGAGACCAGGGAACAGGCGGCAGACCCCAGUUCUCAAGAACAACCGUCGAAAUCGAUGAAAACGCAGCAGAAUUUGUCAGGCCAGACACCCUGCUCUGGUGCGGGUCAUAUUCCAAUUAAUUCCCUGCAUGAAGUCACAAUAACGACCACCAAGUGUGACUUGGCAUCAGAAUCGCAAUGUAAAUUGCAAUCCACACCACGGAAUAAACAUUUAAAUAAAAUAGAACACGUAAGUAAUCACAACAACGGUGUGUUGUGUUCCCCAGAACAUCUGGUCGAUAAACCAAAUAAUGCACCAAGUCUGUGUAAUGUUAUUAAGUCUGCGAAAGACGACGGCCUUGGGGGCGCCACUGAGAGAGUCAAGUGGUCAGCCAAGGCCUCUUCACCAGAGGGCGCCAUUGGAGCAACAGACCCCGCAUCGCCAGGGGGCGCCAGUGAGAUAAACAGCGUUUCACCCGGGGCUGAAUGCGCAGCGCGUGACACCUCAAAUUUAGAAAACGAUAAUUUUGUAAGAGAAAAAGAUAUAAUCAGUGACAACAAUGACAGUCUCAGCAACGACACGAGAUUCCAUCUCUUUUCCUGCGACAUUAAUAUCGAUGUUAAUGAUACUAAUGCGGAAGACAAAACCGCGAACAGUGAUGAAAUAAAAAAGACGCCAAUUACUGAAAAUCAGUGCGAACAUGACCAAUACAACCGCAGUGAUGACACUCCAGACUCAAAACCGCACUCCGAGACACAGGACGUCAUGAACCGCCACUCCUCUUCAUUUUCACCUUCAGAGUGCGGUGAUGUAGAUAUACCUGAACGGCUGGCAGAACAUAUUGGGUACGACGGCCCCAAUGAAUGUGCCUCAGGAGGGAAGUAUUCUCCACUAGGUAUGCUAGAAAAAACUGAGCCCAGUAAAAGUGAAAUACCGUGUACGCCGCUAUGGAGACUGGACGUGACGAGCUCUGAUAGGGUGUGGGCACUUCGUGCUGCCGACAUGUCGGAUUUUUCCGACGCGGACACGGAGAGUAUUUCGUCACAGGACACUAUAAUGACGAUGUCAACUUUAACUGAACAAUCAUCAUUUAUUGAGGAGUGUAACAAGGAGAAUGGAGCCACAGAAAAAGAUCCAAUUAAUAAAAAUAUUCUUGCGUCCGACCGCUCCGUAGACGAAGACACUACUGAUGAGAAUAAAACAAGCAAUAGUAAUAAUAAUAAUAAUGACUACAAAAUGGCUGGUUGCUGCAGCAGCGUUUUGGAUGGUUGUCAUGGUAACAGUGCGUGCAGAGAAACGUUUUCUGAACAAACAAUUUCAGAGAAACCAAACAAAGAGGCCACAGAGGCCGCUGUGAGCGCUGUGCAUUAUUUAUGUAAGAAGGAUGUCUCCCUUCACAAAACUGACAACUAUCGUUACUCAAAACAACACGUUAAAACGGCACCCGCGGAACAACACGUGCUAACGGCCAUCAAAACAAACUUUGGUUACGUCGACCGAAGUAAGGUACCAAGUUUCCGACAAAUGAACGCUGAGCUACGAAAAUCUUUAACAGAUAUGGCCGGGGUGGAGCGGGGGGCCCAAAGUGCACGUAAAUCACCGACGGAGCCUCUGUGCAUUGAAAGCAAAGCCGAUAUCGAUGAUGCGAUCGCGGAGAAGGCCGCGAGAAAAGAGAACUCCUUGACUACGUCGUCACCCAAAGAUGGCGCCAUACACGUAAAUGUGACAUCUUCUGUCGAAAUGAAGGCAAGUCACGACAGGGGGAGUGUCUCACGCGCAGAUAAAGUGCUACCUCCGGCGAGUAAUGACACGGCUCAGUCAGGUGCUAAAGAGGCCCGUAAAAGCCAUGAAUCUUGUCAAGCAACGGGCGGUUAAUUGUGCACGCAUCUC